AUGAUCAUGCAAGGCACAAGGCUUUCUUUGAGAAGAGGGUCAGCUCGGUUAAGGCCCGAAGAAGUUGAACCAUGUAAAAGCUUCCAUGAGGGAGACGAAGUGAAGGAGACAAUCAAGGGGAGAAGUGUCUCUUCAAGACAACAGUCUGCAACGUUUGAUUUCCAAGAACCGGAAGUGACUGAAACCUUGAGUGCUGAUGAUGCAAGAAGCUUAGUAAGCGAUGGAUCUGAAGCUGUAGAACCAUCUGAAAGCAGACGUGACACAAAAGAUACAAACGGGACAUGCAGGGUCACAACGAGAAGGCAAUCAGCAAAGGGUAAAUCCCAAACAGCUACAGAAACUAAUGGAGCCAUCGAAGAUGUUGUAGUGACAGUCCCGUCUAUAAGCAUCAACACAGUCCAAGAGUGUGAUGUUUUACCAUCGACGGUUUCUCCGGAGGACCAUGAAAAAGAAUCAAAGAACAAGCCUGAAGCUGAGGAAACCGGAGGAAUGAUGAGAAGAACGUCCAUGAGAAGAACAUCGAGACAUGCAGCUGAGAAAGUGCAAUCAUACAGAGAAGUCUCACUUAAAGUGAAGGUGCGGCGAGACUGCUGAAUCUCCUCUUACCCUCUUGUGUUCUUAAUAUGCAGAAGAUGAUUGUUGUUCAGAAGCUUACUUCAUGCUUUUGUAUAUCCAAGUCAAAGAUUGCCAAUUAAAUUAAGGCAUCGAUAUGCAUUAAAGAUUGCUCUUAAUAUGCAAUUACUUUCGAAUCUGA